AUGAAUCCACCUCCAGACUCCUCUCCGGAUGCCAGUUCGGAGGAAAAGGGCGAGUUUGAGUCUGCAGAGGAAAACACGGAGCUGAGUGUCGGAAGCAAACUGCUGAUUUUGGUGUUGUGCUUGAACUUCCCAUCAGAAGUGGCGUUGUGUCCCGGAGCAUGCGUGUGCUACAGUGAACCGAAAAUCACCAUCAGCUGCCAGCAGCAAGGGCUGGGCACCAUCCCCCUUGAGAUCCCAGUCCAGACUCAGCGGAUUUUCCUACACAACAACCGAAUCAGCCUGAUCCAGUCCACCAGCUUUACUUCCUGCCGCAAUUUGUCCAUUCUCUGGAUCCACUCCAACCACAUUAGUCUUAUUGAACCCGGGGCAUUCUAUGGGCUUGACAAAUUGGAAGAGCUUGACCUCAGUGACAACGUCAACCUGAAGUCCAUUGACCCUUCUACCUUCCAGGGCCUUGUCCACCUGCACACUUUGCACCUUGAUCGCUGCGGGCUGCUGGAGUUGUCCACGGGUCUUUUCCGGAGUCUUUUCUCCUUGCAGUAUCUCUACCUGCAGGACAACAACCUGCAGGAGCUUCUGGACGACACGUUUCUGGAUCUGGCUAACCUCACCUAUUUGUUUUUACACGGGAACAAAAUCAAGAGCUUGUCGGAAAACGUGUUCCGGGGCGUGGUGAGCCUGGAUAGGCUGCUGUUGCAUCAGAACCGGGUGAGCGUGGUGCACCGCCGGGCCUUCCACGACCUUGGGAAAGUGAUGACCUUGUACCUUUUCAAUAAUAACUUGACGGUGCUGACGGGAGAGACGAUGGCGCCCCUGGGGUCUCUCCAGUACCUGCGGCUCAACGGCAACCAGUGGGUGUGCGAUUGCCAGGCCCGCUCCCUGUGGGAUUGGUUCAAGCAGUUCAAAGGGUCUUCCUCGGAACUGGAAUGCCACUUGCCUGCUCACCUGGCGGGGAGGGACCUCAAGCGCCUUCAGAGCACCGAGCUGGAAGGCUGCCUGGACUCCUUCAACCAGAUCCGAACCAGCGUCUUCAGCACCAAGACCAGGUCCGGCAAGCGGCCCACCGCAGAGCCCACUCUCGGUCCCCAGGACGACGUGCGGAAAUGCUGCCAGCCGGAGACGGAUAAAUCGUUCAUUUACGAAGCCAAAGCCAAGGGGGGGCCUCCUUCUCACCGCAACCAGGCGUCCCCUAACAAUCCACUCAAGGAUAAGGAAAACAUGGCCAAACCCAAGCACCAAGUUGAGGAGGCAGAUCUGCCCAAAAAUGGCAGCAACAAGCACAUCAACGAUUCGCCCUUUGGGACGUACCCCAGUGCGGUCGAGCCCCCCUUGACCAACUUGAAACCCGAGUUCCCGGGUCCCGUGGAGCCCUCCACCAGCCCGACCAGAAGGAGGCAGGGAUGUUCUAGAAGGAAUAAGUCCAGGUCCCAGUGCCGCAUGGCCCAGCCGGCUCCCAGUGGCAGUCCCAGCCCCCCGGCCUUCCCCAGCCUUCUGCUGCCCCCCGUCGUGUGGAGUCUGUUUUGCUUCUCUUGA